GAUGGAUUUCACUAAGUUGUCCUUGUAGUGUGCUGUUAAAAAGUUUUUAGACAUGAAACUUCUCUGUACAGGGAGAGAGAUUGAAAAGUCUCCCAAUCCUAGAAAAGUAGACAUAAUAUAAAUUGCAUCAGUUAAGAGAAAUAAAAUCAAUAGAGUGAUGCGAAGUGAAUCCAAUUCUCUCCAUUAAUCUGAUAACAAGUAAGACCUUAGAAUUGUCAUCGAUAAAAGAGAUAGACUCUCAAUAAACGAGGCUAUUUCUAAUUGUGAUAAAAGUGAAAUCAUCAAAAAAAAUAUUAGAAAUUAUGAUGAAAUCAACACCGACAACAUUUCUACAACUUGCAAUAGAAAUAUCUAAAGACAUUAAAGUUUCUAGAAGCAUACAGAACCCCCUGCGCAAAAAUUACAAUUCCCAAGCAUUUAUAAGAAUUCCUCCUAUGUUCUUUACAAAGCUCUCAGAUCUCGUAAUCAAUCUGUCUGUCAAACCAUUACUAAUUAUAUUAAAUAAUUGCAAGAAAAAGGCAUUUAUGAAGAAUGA